GUUUGAAUGAAAAAGUAUGACAUCUAUUGGCGGAUCAGAUAAUAGAGUGAAGGGUUGGGCAAAGAGUGGUAUUGUUUUGGUGUUGUCUUCGCAGUGACAUUGAAGUGAUAUUUACAUUGAGUGCCAAAACAGACCGCCGAAGCAGACAAUGAGGCCAUUGGUUCCGUCCCAACAGAAGUUGGCGGAGAAGCUGACAGUCCUUAACGACAGAGGGAUAGGAAUGUUGACCAGAAUUUACAACAUUAAGAAGGCUUGCGGCGACUCUAAAUCCAAGCCAUCGUUUCUGUCGGACAAGACACCGCCGAAGCAGACAAUGAGGCCAUUGGUUCCGUCUCAGCAGAAGUUGGCGGAGAAGCUGACAGUCCUUAACGACAGAGGGAUAGGAAUGUUGACCAGAAUUUACAACAUUAAGAAGGCUUGCGGCGACUCUAAAUCCAAGCCAUCGUUUCUGUCGGACAAGACGUUAGAGUCGGCCAUAAAACAUGUCAUCAGAAGAUUCCCAAACACUGACAUCAGAAGCAAUAAUAGCCAAUUGGGAGCCGUGUUUAACAUAAGACAAGACAUAAUGAAGUCAUUGUCGUUAUAUUAUUACACGUUUGUCGACCUCUUGGACUUCAAAGACCACGUGAGCGAACUGUUGACAACUAUGGACGCGUGUCAGCUUCAGCUCGACAUCGAAUUUAACUUCGAUAUGACAAAAGCCUAUUUGGAUCUAAUCGUGACGUAUGUCUCACUAAUGAUACUUCUGUCACGAGUGGAGGACCGGAAGGCGGUGUUGGGUCUCUUCAAUACGGCCCAUGAGAUGAUUCAUCAGCACUCGGACAACAGUUUUCCCCGUUUGGGACAAUUGAUUGUCGAUUACGAUCCGCCGCUCAAGAAGUUGUCCGAAGAGUUUAUACCGCACUCGAAGCUGUUGUGUCAGGCGCUCACAUCUCUUCACAAAGUAUUUCCGAUGCGUAACCUUCCGGCCGAUGAGUGGCGUAAGUGUCAGUUACUGAGUCUUGUGGCGAAUCCGUCGCAAAUGCUUAAUCCGGCGCAAACUGACAUCAUUCAGUGUGAAUACCUGUCCAUCGAUACUAUGGAGCGAUACAUUAUUUACGGCUUUCUUCUGAUUCAUCAAUACCUGAAUCAAGCGAUAACUCAGGACUUGUUCACGAAAGCUCUGCACUGCGGAUGGGUUACCACUUUGUUUAGGGAUGAAGUGCUUCACACACACACAUUCAUUCAGCAAUAUUUUGAAUCACAUAAGGGUUAUAACAAAAGGGUGUCCGAAGUGAAAGACGCGUAUAAUUGGGUCCUUCAGCACAGCGGACACAUUCAUAGAGAAAGGCGAAAGUUUUUGAGAACAGCGCUCAAAGAGUUGGGUCUAAUCUUGACGGACCAGCCCGGGCUCUUGGGCCCAAAGGCUUUGCUUGUGUUUAUGGGCCUAUCGUUCGCCAGGGAUGAGGUUUAUUGGCUUUUGAGACAUUGCGAUAAUCCGCCCGUUAGACAAGGAAAGACAAAAUCACAAUCCGAUGAUCUGAUUGACAGACAAUUGCCAGAACUUCUGUUUCAUAUGGAAGAGCUGAGAGCUUUAGUGAGAAAAUAUAAUCAAGUGAUACAACGAUAUUAUGUACAAUACCUGACCGGUUAUGACGCCAUAGCGCUGAACCAAAUCAUGCAAAACGUGUCAAUGAUGCCCGAAGAGGACUCUAUUAUCUUAGAGUCUGCCCAUCAAGUGAUCUCCAAUCUGUCGGUCAAACAGGUCGAGAGUAACGAAAUCUUUGACUUUAGAGGCUUACGACUCGAUUGGUUUAGACUUCAGGCGUAUUGUAGUGUCAAUCGAUAUCCAAUGCAUUUGUUUGAACACAAAGAUUUAGCCGUUCUAUUGAAUACCAUUAUAUUUCACACACGAAUGGUCGAUGAUUUGGAUCAACUCAUUACAGAAACGUCUGAUGUGUCGCUCUUCUGGUUUGUAAUCUCCAUAUUUAAGCGAUUAAUUUUAAUCUGAUUUUUGAAUU